CGUCACUGGAGAGCGCUCCACACCGGCCAGCGGGACGGAUGUGAUUGGUCGACUGCCGUUUCCGGUGGUGUCCGGCUCGGAGGAGACGGAGCCCAGGCUGACCACUGGUCUGGGGAGGAACCCGAGGUUUUCCGGAUAUUUUGAUGGAGGGGGCCCCUGAAGAGACUGUCCAGGAGGAACUGGAUACCGGUGUCUGGCAACUGCAGACUGGGGUCUGCCAGCUCAUGGUGACAGGGCAAGCUCUGAAUCCGAACCCUGCAGAGCACAGGCCAAACUCCGGGAGCUGCAGCCAAGCACAAUGCAGCUUCCAGUUCAACUUCAAAGUUCCCGAGGAAGGGAGUGAUGGCUCCCCAGGAACACACCCAGCUCACGGCUGCUUAAACUCCAACCCCAUAGACUCCAACACACCGCAACAGAGUGAUUCGCUUCAUGGUACAGGAGAGGAGCAGCAAAUCUUCAAAGGAGCAGUGAGCCAAGAGCCUGAAUUUAAAUUUAAUUUUGCAAUCUCUGAGGCAGAUGCUGAUGUUAACCAUACAGGACAGUCGAAGGUUGAUCCCACACAAAGUGAACGCAACGUUGAAAGUACAGCUUCCAAACCCUCGCAGAAAAAGAAGAAAGGUAGAACGCAGAACAGUAAGCCCCCAGCUGGGCUCCCGAAAGACCAAAAGAAGCUGAGCCAGAACAGUCCAGGGGAGGAGAGGAACUCCACAGGCCCGACAGAAGCACACUGCCUGUCUCCAGAACAACAGCUCCAGAAAGAAGUGGACUGGUGUGUCGAGCAGCUGGAGCUGGGGCUGCGCUCCCAGAAGACCCAUCAGAAACAAGCUGACAGAGCCCUUCGUGCAAUCCGAACCCUGCGCAGCGAGAACGCACCACUGGUGAAGAAGCGGCAGCUGAUGAGAUCCAUCUUUGGAGACUACAGAAAGAAGAUGGAGGAGGAGAGGCAGAGACAGAUCAGACUGAUGCUGGCAGCUACGAAAUCUGCCACCAUUAAACCAAUUGAAGGGCAAACGAGGAGCAAAGUAUUCUGGAAAACUGCAAAUAAAUUACCAAAGAUUGAAGCUUCCCCGGCACCCAACCCUGUGAGUCCUGAGAGGUUCACAGUUGAUACAGGAGAUCAGAGUCAGUUCCGGUUUAAUUUCUUCUGAGUAAGUCAUUGAGAUAUGCAGAGUAAACAACUCGGAGCCUUUUCCGUCUGUUCACACCCGAGGCUGAAUAAAAAAGUUUUCUUGGUGUGACCUGUUCUGGCGCAUUUACCACACACUGUAUUCUACCUUUGGAAAGAAACAAGCCAGCAGAAUGAAGCAUAGUCUACAGACUUAAUAUUUGACCCCUUUAACAUUGUCCCAGGACAGGGGCGGUACAGGUUAGACCCUAGCAUCUACCCACCCUGCAAAGACUCUCAUCUGUUGUUGGACACUUUUAAUGCCCAUUUCAAAAGCUACUUGGAGAACAGUAAUUAGAUAAAUAAAUGUGAUUUUAUUUUCCUUUCAG